CCCGGCGCAGGAAGGAAGCAGCGGCGUCUGUCUCCUCCGACUGAUGCGGUCGAGCUUCAAACGCACCUUGAAAACUUCAGAGGGAGAAGGAUCAGAGGGAGGCAGAGCUAUAAAGACCGAGCGCACCUGAAGGCAGCAGCAGCGGGGAGCAGCUGGUCACUUGUUCUUAUUAUUCAUCUUCAUAUUUAGUCACGUGGUGAAAACUCUGGAGAACAGCCUGUCUGAUACAGAACUGACCGACUGACCGACUGACCGACCAGAGGAUGUGGGCGUGGCGCAGUGUGCUGUGUGUGUCCGUGGUCUGUGGUCUGGCUCUGGACUCGAACAACAUCAGAUCGUCCAAAGAGGCGGCGGACCGGAGCGCGGAGCCGGAACGUUCCCAUGGCGACCAGGUGGAGGGGACAGCACGACGCCGGACGGAGACAAACUCCAACUCCAAUCGACGGUCGACGGCUGCGUGUUCCACACCCGACUGCAACGCACCUGUGGUCAGUGAACGUCACACGCAUGUGACAGGAGGCUGCAGCAACAGAGCUCAGAGGAGGCUGUCCUCUCAGGACAGACAGGUGGACAGACAGGUGGACAGAGAGAGAGACACCGACAGCUUCAACAGAACCAAAGCCCCUGAGAUGUCGAGCUGCGUCCGGUCCGGCGACUGCGCAGACGGUCUGUGCUGCGUCCGCUACCUGACGGGCCGCCGCUGUCAGCGGAUCCCGACACAGGGCGACGCCUGUCUGCUGCUGCGAGGAUCGGGCAAGGUGAGGGGGAGGAAGCUGGGACGCUGCCCCUGCGACACGGGUCUGUCCUGCACCGCCACCGGCGACCGGGCGGAGUCGGGCAAGAACAAGAGCCAAGGGGUGUGUCAGCCCCGCCCGCCGCAGGGCCAGAGGAAAACAAGGCAUUCUGGGAAGAAGAGGAGGACGGUGGAGAGGAGCUGCUGAUUAGUCUACGGCUGUUGUUCAAGUUCAGUUUGUAGAAGAAGAAAAAACACGUUCUCUGCUCGGAAAGGUCCAGGUGGGUCGACUCAGGACGAACUGGUUCCUCCACACAGAGGGGCCCCUCAUGGAGGGGGGGGGGCCUUCAGAGGGGUCCCUCAGAGGGGCCCCUCAGAGAGCCCCUCUCAUCGGCCACUGAGGAAAAAACCAAGAGAUUUUCUCCAAAAGGAAAGUUAGUAUCAUUUAUUAAACUAGAUGAGAAUAGACACCGGGUCCAGUUCUGAUGUUCUGACGCUCAGAGGUCGACUGUAGUGAUGGUCAUGUUUCAGGAACAAUAAACAUUUCCUGGUUCUGAAGUUUCAGAUUUUAAACUUCUCUGGACUUUGAGAUGAUUUAUUAAUACACAAGAGCUGAGGUUCAGGUGAACAGCGCCCUCUGCUGGAGACAAACUUCUGGUUCUGACGAGUUUCAGUUUCCGUUGGUAGUUUUGUUCUUACAAUAGAUUUUGUAGUUUUUAAUCCAGGUCUGGGUGCGUUUCAUUCGCUCACCUCUCCUUUGUUCAUGUCAGUGUUUGAAGGGUCAAAUGUUCUUUUGAUCCAGCUUCUAGUCUCAUGUUUAGAUGUUGGUUUUGAUUCUGUAUCUGAUGUGAAGUGAUCAGACACGUCAGACAUCCGGAGUCUGAAGGUGAAGCUUCUGUAUUCAGUGUCACUGGAGUGAAUCAGCAACUGUUUGUUUUGAGGAAAAAUCAUCUGUGUAUUGUAUCAAACUGUAGAUUAUCAAGUUUCUUAAGAUUAAACCUAAAAAGAAAAAUCUGAAAAUUAAAAAUCAACUGUUGGAAAUGUCUUUCCAGUUCAAAUCGUUUCAUCAUUAACUGAACUCAUGUUGACGUCAAAAUCUGAUUUUCCAAAGGGCGAGAGUAUUUGUUCUGGAAAGUCCUACAAAAUAAAAAGCACACGUUUCAAAUGUCAAGGCAUAUUUUGUUUUAUUUUCUUCGUCAUUUUGUAUUUAACAAAAAAAGAAAGAAAAGAAAAACGGUGAGACUUUGUGGGAAGAAGGAAAAAAAAAAAUCAGCAAAUGCAAAAGAAACUUUCAAAGGCAAAGUCACAAAUGCAGCAACAUGAUUUCAUCACAGAACGGGGGGUCGUUGUAUCUCCAUCAAUAGGAAUGUUGAAUGGCGAGGGGGAGGGGCUGGAGCCUAAAGGGGCGUGGCUACAGGGGGAGUAGAAGGGGUUUAGUGCUGAACUCAGAGCUGCCCACAGUCGGCGAUGACUAUCUUUUUGGAGGUUUUGCCGCCGCUGGAUCCGUACGACUCCAUCUUCUCCACCACUUUCAUCCCGUCCACCACGGUGCCGAACACGACGUGCUUCCC